AUGAAAUCUUCAGAGGCUAUUAACUGUUCUGAACCAACGACAGAUGCUCUUUUAACCGCUCUGAAAGCAAGCGUCUUUGGUAAAACUGAUGUGAGACCAGUUAUUUACCCACGAACGCCCACUAACAUCAGUGUGUCCUUCACUCUGUUUGGAAUUAUUGAUGUGGAUGAAAAGGCACAAAUAUUUGAGUCCUUCAUUUGGAGGUAUCUGUUUUGGAAUAUUGAAGGUUUGAGCUGGGAUCCCGUUGAAUGUGGAACAGAUCGAAUCGCACUGCCGAGAAAAAAGCUGUGGAUGCCUGAUAUUGUUAUCAAUGAAUUCAUGGAUGAAAAUAAAGCCCCAGUCACGUACUACCUUUACCUUACUAAUACGGGUUUAGUAAUGGAUGAUCAACCAAUUCACGUGAUCAGUUCCUGCAACCUGGACAUCUACACCUUCCCAUUCGAUAUUCAGAACUGUACAUUCACCUUUAAUUCAUACAAACUCUAUAUGGAGGAUAUUCAGAUGUUCUUUACUGAGCCAGUGGAGAGCACAUUUCAAAAUUCUCUAGAAGUGAUGGCAACCAAAGGAGAGUGGGAGCUAAUAAGCAUGCUUUCUGAAAAGGGUUUACUCCCAGUGGAAAAUAUGAAUACUUCAUAUGAUUUGCUUAUUUUCCAUAUCGUCCUGAGACGUCGACCCACUAUGUACAUUGUGAACCUCUUGAUUCCCAGCUGCUUCCUUAUCACUGUUGAUCUGUUCAGUUUUCUUCUGCCGCCUCAUGAGACGGAUCGCUCCGCCUUCAAAAUGACUCUCAUCUUGGGAUACACUGUGUUUCUGCUAUUAAUGAAUGACAUUCUGCCCGUCACAGGAAACAGCUUACCUCUCAUAAAUGCCUUCUUUUCUCUGUGUUUGGCACUGAUGGUGGCGAGUCUUCUGGAGACGAUUCUCAUCACUAAUAUCCUGUGUGGCUCCAGCAACUAUCCACCACUACCUGAGUGGGUGAAGGUGCUUUUCCUCAAAUAUCUCGCCAGACUCGUUUGUUUAAGCAAGAAACCCGGUGACCAAAACCGUGACCUUGAAGUGUACACCAUUAACUGUAAUCCUGUUAAAAUCCCUGAGACUGAACCCAUCCACAAGAUGCCUCCGACUCUUCAGGAAUUGAGAAACAUUAGCCAGAACUUACAAUCCAUCAUUCAAAGAGUUGAUAAACAUUUAAAUACUGAUCAGACAGAAGAGGAGUGGGUACAUUUGGGUCAAGUCAUUGAUCGAAUGCUUUUUGGCUUGUAUACUGUCUUUCUCUCAGUAAGUUUUUUCACUAUAUUAGUCUAUUGGCUGUAUUGGUACAACCUUACUGCAUCUUUGCGCCCCCUUUGCCCCCUUGAUGCGGCCUUCGGCGAAGCCCGCACUGCAGCAGGCUUCACGCACUUUACCAACCCAGAAGUCCUUGCGAAAGAUCAAUCAGACAACGGAUGGGAGGAGUUCACACUGAUGGGCAACUUCUCUUCCUAUUUCGGGCGGGACGCUCGAGGCUGUCCCAAAAUACGACUCCGGUGCACCUACGUGGACUCAAGGGUCCCUAAAGUCUGCACUACAUGA